AAAUAGUUAUAAAUUGAGCAAUUGUGGAAAGUGGUGGUUCUCCGAAGUUUCGAAACGAAAUAAGAUGUGUAAAAUUGUGAAUAUUAUGUUGAAAUUUCUUGUUUUAACAUCAUUUCGUAUUUCAUUUAUACUGGCACACUAUGAUCCGGCUUAUUUUCGAUCCUCUAAAGAUGCAUUUGUCACACACAUGGAUUGGAUGAAAGAUAUUCGAGAUGACGUAAUGUUAAGUGAAUUGGCUCUUCCCGGCACACACGAUUCUGCUAGCUUUAUAUGGAACAAUGAUAUUAUCGAUACACAAACAUUAAAUUUCAACGAGCAGCUUAACUACGGAAUACGAGUAUUCGAUAUCAGAUACCGACAUACUACUGAUACAUUCGCACUAUAUCAUGGCAUAGCUUAUCUGUCAAAAAUGUUUGGUGAUUUUCUUGAAAGUGUGCACAAUUUUCUGCUCGAACAUUCAUCAGAAACCGUGCUUUUUCGAUUGAAAGAAGAACUGUACCCGAAUAAUAAUAAUAAUAGAAGUGCCAGAGAAAUACUGAAUGAAUAUUUAGUGAAAUAUAAACAAACUUAUUUGAAAACAACCGAAAAUAUUGAACUGGGCGAAGCGAGAGGAAAAUUCAUCAUUCUAUAUAAUAAUCUGGAUUUUUAUGAUUAUGGAAUAAAUUACAGCAUUUGUAAUAUACAAGAUUCUUAUAUCUUUACGUCAAACUGGGAUCUUUACAAUAAGUGGGAAAAAAUUCGUGCACAUUUGGACAAAGCGCGAAUAAAUGGCAAUAAAUCUGAAUUUUACAUAAAUUAUCUCUCAGGUGCUGUUGGUUCCCUGCCUUACUUUGUCGCAAGUGGCCACAAUUCGAGAUGGACUACAGCAUCGAGAUUAGCAACUGGACUAACGACUUCAUUAUGGCCACAUAUAUAUCCCGAUUUUCCUCGUGUCAAUUGUUUUAUGGACAUCUGUACAAUUGCAUUUGAAGGAACCAAUAUUUUAACAAGAGAUUACAUCAAAAACAUUCAAUCGUCAAAUAGAACAAUUGGUAUUAUAAUGGCUGAUUUUCCCGGUUCGUCGUUAAUUCACGAAAUAAUCCAUAAUAAUUAUGCUUUGAAUAAAAAAUCAUAAUUAUUUCUUUAAUAUUUAAAAAAAACGGGCAUUAUUAUAACACUCA